AUGGACUUGGACCAACCACUCGACCAAGAGGAUCAAGACCUUCCAGAUGAUCCCGCUCUAACCACCUCCUCAAUCAGAGCACACGCCAAAUCGCUUCAGAAAGUACUCGCCUUAUCCGAUGUCCUGAUCGAAGUCCUAGAUGCUCGUGAUCCACUAGGAACCCGUAGUCUUCAGUUGGAGCGGGACGCGGUACAGCAGGGGAAGAAGGUCUUGUUGGUAUUGAAUAAGGUCGAUCUAGUACCCAAGCAGAACGUCGACAGUUGGCUGGCAUACCUCCGACGAUCUUGGCCGACUCUACCUUUCAAAAGCUCUACUCAGUCUCAACGGAAUAACCUGUCUUCCAAGGGCUUCCAGGCCACUGGACGAGAAAAUUCAUCUUCUGCCAAUGCUUGUUCGAUCCAGCCUUUGAUGCAACUCUUGAAGAACUACGCCAGGCGAACGACAGUUGUUGACCCCAGUCGGCCCUCCUCCACCGUUCAAGGCGUCAAAUCUCUUGCGUCCAUCACCGUUGGUAUCAUCGGUUUCCCAAACGUUGGCAAAUCAUCACUGAUCAACACUCUCAAACGAAGCCGGGUAUGUGGCGUUGCACCAACGCCUGGAUUCACCAAGGAGGUACAGGAGAUCGUCCUUGAAAAAGGUCUCAAAGUUCUCGACUGUCCAGGGGUGGUUCUAUCGAUUGAUACGACAAACGAUGAGACUGCGGCUGCUCACAUCCUCAGAAACGCAGUGAAAGUCGAACAGAUUCUCGAUCCACUCGCCCCGGUGGGUGUGAUCCUGAAGAGGUGCAAGAUCGAGCAUCUUAUGUUACUCUACAACAUCCCCGCCUUCACCUAUCCUGGCCAAUCCGAUGAUGAGAAGCUGAAAGAGUUCUUGAUUCAAGUCUCCCGGAGUCGUGGACGAGUUAAGAAAGGUGGAAUACUCGACCUACAAGGUUGCGCCAGAGCGAUCCUUCAAGAUUGGAAUACCGGCCGGAUACCCUAUUACACUGUUCCCCCGCCAUUGCCCAAAGGCGAAGAAAAAUCGAAAACAUCAACGAAUACGAACGAUCUUGGCACUUCUACAAUACUGAAUGAAUUGGGUGCUGAAUUCAAUCUGGAUGCCCUCUUUGCCGAUGCUGAUCGGGAUGUUCUUGGCCAAGCGGAGCCUCUAGACAGCGUUGUUCGGCCCGCCGUUCGUAUGACUUGCUCCGAGCCCGAGAAGCCGGGUAAUGGAGAAUUAAAGCUGCUGGGAGAGUCCGCCGAGGACAUUGAAAUGGAUAAUGAAGGACCGGUCAAAUCAAGUAAAAGAGAACCUUCAGGGCCAGAAGUCGUCUCAUUAGCACCCAAGAAGAAAUCCAAGCAAGUUAACUUCGCAACAACAACAUCAACGGAAGCAGUGGCGGCUAGCAGUAGUGGUAGUACGAAGGCAAGCCAAUUGGAACGCAUGGGCAUCUCCGCGCCGAUUGGGGAAAACAAGUUGAUCGCCAAGCAGGCCCGUAAGGAACGCAAGAAGCUCGCCAAGUCGAAAACUGCGGUGAUCGAACAAGACGAAGUGAUGACGAUGGAAGACGCUGAUCAAAGCAAGGAGGUGGCUGAUGAGCCAAUUCUUGAAGAUCAAGCUUACAGUUUUGCUGAUUUCUUUCAUGGUACUAAUGCCGUUGCCAAGAAGUUUUAA